UAAACAACACAAGUUCUCAAUUAUUCGUUUAUGAUAUUAUAAAAUUAAACGUGUUGUGUAGACCAAAGAAUCUCAAGGUAUGUUUUCUAGUACGCCGUUGUACAUGUACUUCGGUUUCGUUUUCGCGAUUUACACUCCCUCGUCAUUGGCACUGAAACAUGUACCUUACUUGGAUGCGAUACGGGACGUAGUGAAAGCAGUUAAUAACGCAAAUCGAGACCAAACUAAAAAUGACAAGUUUCUCGAUACUCUUUCCUACUGGAAAGAAAUCCUAGGAAAUUUGUUGAAUGAAAAUGAAAAUGCAGCCGACCAUAACAACGUGAGUGAGCAGUGUAGUUUCAGCCUGGCAGCUCUACAGCUUGGCCUCACUCAGAGAGAAACAUGGGCCUUACAAAUAAUUGACGCCACAGCUAAACCUGAAGCCGGAGUCCUAGAUGGUAGUUUAAAAUGGCUUGGUUCCUACGAUGAGUGUAAAAGAACAAGCUAUCACAACGAAUCGAGAUCUCUUGACAUCAAGGGGAAAUAUUCUCUACUUACAAUACCAGUUGGGACAAGCACAAGCGCAGUGUCUGGACCAGAGGUAGUCUCUCUGGUUAUCGGAGUAUGCCUCCCUGAUGGUUGUAGUACGGGCGAUAUAACAGCCCUUGUUCACAACAGUAAUGUUAUCCUAAGCAUAUUGGCACUCAUCGUUAUCAUGGGUACAUCUUAUGACGUCAUAGUUGUUCAGUGGUUGCGCAACAUCGGAUCCGAAUUGGAGAAACAUAUAGAAGAUGAGAAGAUUCCUUUAUUGAAUCCUAAUUCAAAAGAUGUUCAUAUGGAGUCAGAAAACAUUUUUGAGAAACUUCUUUCGUCCUUCUCCGUCUACUCCAAUGCUAAAAAGAUCCUCAGUACCCGCAAUACUGGGCCCUUUUUAAAAGAAAUGCUGGGAAGAAGGAGUUUCCAAGCUUUAGCUAAUGCUUUGGUGGCCGUUGAUUCUUUCUUUGCUAUCAGGUUGACUCCCGCCUAUAUGCUGGUUAUGAUGACAGAGGCCACACUGUCGCCGUAUUUUGCCGACGGACCCAUUUAUCCGCCACAGGGGUUUGAGGUGGAUUAUUGCGAGAAAAGUUGGUGGAAGAAUCUACUUUACAUCAACAAUUUAUUCGAUCCAGCUGAAAUGUUAUUGGCCAUACGAACAACUAGAUUUAUUAUACUAGUAAUCCCUGAGUUUUUUAAUGAACCAACGAGUUAAAUUUUUUUCUACAGUAAUGAAGUUGCUGGUAUCAUCGUGUGCUUGGUGUUUUUAUUGGGAACAACCAUAGCCCCUGGAGUGCUUUCUUCUUAUUACGAUAUGCCAGCAACUUUAUUUGCUGACAGUUCGCAGGACGUAUAUGAUGCCUAUACAAACCAGUAUUAUGUCAAGCCAUGGUGCAGAAUGGGACCGUAUAUAAUUGGAAUACUAUUUGGAUAUCUUUUGUAUAAAACAAAAAGCAAACUAAGGAUCAAUAAAGUACGGAACGCUGUAAAAUUAGUAAAUAACGCUAAUCGAGACCAAACAAAUAAUGACAAGUUUCUCGAUACUCUUUCCUACUUGAAAGAUAUACCGGGAAAUUUGUUGUAUGAAAAUGAAAAUGCAGCAGUCCAAUACAACGUGAGUGAACAGUGUAGUUUCAGCUUGGCUGCCCUACAGCUUGGCCUCACUCAGCGAGAAACUUGGGCCUUACAAGUAAUUGACGCUAUAGCUAAGCCUGAAGCAGGAGUCUUAGAUGGUAGUUUAAAAUGGCUUGGUUCCUACGAUGAGUGCAAAAGAACAAGCUAUCACAAUGAAUCGAGAUCUCUUGACAUCAAGGGGAAAUAUUCCCUGCUUUCUAUACCAAUUGGAGCCAGCACAAAUGCGCUCUCUGGGUCAUCAGUAACGGCUCUGGUCAUCGGAGUAUGUCUACCCGAUAGCUGUAGUCCGGGCGACAUAAAAGCCCUCGUCCACAACAAUAUUGGUAGGAUACCUUUUGGAAAUUUUUCCGGCUUACAAUUUUACGUUACCUCUGAAGAAGAAGACAAACCGCUCACUUCAAACGCAGUAGUAGCUAUUGUUAUCUUGAGCAUAUUGGCACUCAUAGUUAUCCUAGGUACGGCUUAUGACGUCAUAAUUGUUCAGUGGUUACGCAAAAUUGGAUCCGAAUUGGAGAAACAUGCAGAAGAUGAGAAGAUUCCCUUGCUAAAUCACAACUCAAAAGAGAUUCAUAUGGAGUCAGAGAGUACUUUAGAGAAACUUCUUCUGUCCUUCUCCGUCUACUCCAAUGCUAAAAAAAUCCUGAGCACUCGGAAAACUUCGGAAACCUUGACUGCACUGAAUGGGAUUCGGUUCCUGAGCAUUUCCUGGGUUGUUCUUGGUCACACGUUUGCCUUCGUACUUUCAAAUAUCAGCAAUAGUGGACCCUUUUUAAAAGAAAUGUUGGGAAGGAGGAGUUUCCAAGCUAUAGCCAAUGCUUUGGUGGCUGUGGAUUCUUUCUUUGCUUUAAGUGGCUUUCUUCUUGCUUACCUGACUUUAAAGGAAAUGGAUAAAAGAAAUGGGAAAUUAAACUGGGCGAUGUUUUAUUUCCAUCGGUUUUGGAGGUUGACUCCCGCCUAUAUGCUGGUUCUGAUGACGGAGGCCACAUUGUCGCCGUAUUUUGCCGAUGGACCCGUUUAUCCACCACAGGGGUUUGAAGUGGAUUAUUGCGAGAAAAGUUGGUGGAAGAAUCUACUUUAUAUCAACAACUUCUUCGAUUCUUCUGAAAUGUGCAUGGCUUGGUCGUGGUAUCUAUCGAACGACAUGCAGUUUUUCAUCCUUAGUCCUCUCAUGUUAAUUCCAUUGUAUUACCAUGAAAUCGCUGGCAUCAUCAUAUGCUUGGUGUUUUUAUUGGGGACAACUAUAGCCCCUGGGGUGCUUUCCACUCACUACGAUAUGCCACCUUCACUAUUUACUGUUGGAGGAUCUCAGGAUGGAUUUGUGGAUUAUUUUUCAAAGUACUAUAUUAAGCCAUGGUGCAGAAUGGGGCCGUAUAUUAUUGGAAUAAUGUUUGGAUAUCUUCUUUAUAAAACGAAAGGCAAACUGAGGAUCCAUAAAGUAUUGAACUUACUAGUUUGGGCAGUUUCUGCUACGUUGGCGUGCCUGGUGCUGUACGGUCUCUAUGACGCAAUGAAUGGUAAUCCAUUGUCAACAAAUGUGUCAUCUCUUUACAAUGCAACAGAUAGAACCGUUUGGGGUGCAUGCGUUUGCUGGGUUAUAUAUGCGUGCGCAACCGGAAAUGGAGGUUUUGUGAAUACAUUAUUGUCCUGGUCUGCCUUCGGACCAUUAGCUAGACUGUCUUACUGCCUUUACCUAGUCCAUCCUGUUAUCAUGUAUGCGUACUAUUUUUCGUCUAGGACUCCCAUAUAUCUCACUGAUUUUUCAGCGAUUUACCUAUUCCUAGGAAAUAUAGUCCUUUCCUUCAUGGUUGCAUUUGUUGCGUCCUUGGUUUUUGAGGCACCUAUGAUGGGAUUAGAAAAAGUAUUACUCCGAAAAGAUAAAAAAUAAUAAAAAAAAAUUAUAGUUUGUUUAUAGGAUAUUUGGUCAUUUUUGUGUCAACCAAAUUUUACACGCCUGACUGUUUUUAUAAAUAACUUUGUUUAUGAUAUUCAGGAUGUAUAUUUUACAAAUUUUACGAAACUUGUAUAAUGAAUAGCAUAUAUAAUACUAGUAAAGUGUAUAUGUAAAUGAACUCACUUAAAGACUGUGUGUAAAAUGAAACAAAUUCCCUUAUUAUUAAACUUAUACUUUUAUACAUGACAAAGUUUGGAAUAUUGUUUCCUAAUGACUUGAACGUGUUUUAUAUUUGAAACGGUCUAUAUGCAAAGUAUUUUUUAACAAAAUGAACUAUUUUGCUAACACAUGUUAUUUAUCUACAUAUUGUCAGGUCUGAAAGUAGAUAAAUUUAAACGUUUAAAAUAUGUAAUGAUGAAAAAUUGGAAAUAAUUAAUUACUCGUGUAUAGAUCAAAAGUUCUUGUUAUUUUUUCUAUUCACAGUAGGUUAUUGUAUAGGGUUUUUUUUUUAGAAAGAGCAAACUUUGAUUAUCUUUAAUACAUUUUGACAAUGUGUUUUGUUUUCCUACCUCACAAGUUCGUUAAUUUUUUUUUUAAUAAUUUGGGUUCUCAUAAAAUCUCUUGGACAAAAAUAUUUUACUACGGUUUGCAAAAUGUGUAUACAUUAUAAAAUAUUAUUCAAUCCAUCUCCAAUUCAAUUACAAUCAGACAGAAAUUGUACAUUUUCUUAAGUUUUGUCAAUAUUAUUGAAUCUACCUGUUUGUAUUGGGAAUCGAGGGUUACAGGUUUGGAAUUUUGUAAACGUGAUCCGUAGAUCUUUUGAUAAAAUCAACAAAUAUACUUUUCUAAUUUGAAGUUUGUUUUAUAAAUUCUUUUUAAUUAAUGCAGUCAUUUUGAUAAGAUAUCUACUACAAUUAUACUUCUCUAUUCUUGCACAAUUCGAUUAAUAAAAAACGACUUCUGA